AAACUGGCCAAUUCAACUUAACAAGAUGGCUGCAGCUAGGCAAGCCUUCGCUCAGUUUUUUGCCAAAGAUAAGACCUUUAAACCUAAGAAGAGAUUUGAGAGUGGAACAUUGAAGUAUAACUUACACAAGCAAGCCAAUGCUUCUUUAAACUCUGGGAUUGAUCUGAAAGAAGUAGUUAAGCUACCUCCAGGUGAAGAUGUCAAUGACUGGAUAGCAGUCCAUGUUGUCGAUUUUUUUAAUAGAAUCAAUCUGCUUUAUGGUACAAUUUUUGAACACUGUACAGAGCAGUCAUGUCCAACAAUGUCUGGAGGGCCUAAAUAUGAAUAUCAUUGGUGCGAUGGAGUUAACUAUAAAAGACCAACAGCUUUACCAGCUCCACAGUACAUUACGUUACUCAUGGAAUGGGUUGAGGCACAGAUAAAUGAUGAAAAUCUUUUUCCUGCCCAGAUUGGUAAACCCUUUCCUAAAAACUACAUGAGUAUUGCUAAAAAAAUUUUGAAACGAUUGUUCAGAGUUUUUGUACAUGUUUACAUACAUCACUUUGAUAAACUUUUGGCUAUUGGUGCUGAGGCUCAUGUCAACACUUGUUACAAACAUUUCUACUACUUUGUUACUGAAUAUAAUCUGAUUGAUAAGAAAGAGCUGGAACCAUUGAGAGAUAUGACAGAAAGAAUAUGUCACUGAAACACAUUGAGGGAAAAUAACAAAUGGACGUAUCAACUCUGCUUCUACUUUUUAUUUUUUAUUUUAGAUAAGUUAACAGUUACCUAAGAUAUUUAGUCAUUCCAUCAAAACUAUAACGCUGAAGCUUCUUUUCUUUCAUGAUCAAGUUUUUAUUAUUGCUUUUGCGCUUCAGUUUUCUUUUGUUCAUGAGAUGCAGUUCAAUAUAUUUGUGAUUCAUUAGGAUUAUUUACCUACAAGACAUUAAACACUUCAGAUUAUGAAUUGUUUUAGACUAUUAAACUGUACAACAUUGGAUAGCUAAUUGCUCUCUGUAAUAAUAAUGUAUUUAAUGAUUGUUUUUAUUUUUGUAAGAUAUUUGUAGCUGUACUAACUAGUUCAUUUUUGUAGAAUUAUGUACAUUUUUCUUGAAUUCAUUAACAUAAUAAAAUGUGUGGAUAAUUACACUGCUUAAUAAGAUACUUAAGUAAAUACUGUUUUCAAACUUUACAUUGAUUUUAUGAUCUAGGAAAUUCAAACAAUGUAAAUAAUUUUGGUUUAAAAUUUCACGCUGUUUACUCUGAUACUGUGUUAGAACAUGUUUUAUUUAAAAUUUUUGUAUUCAUGUAUUUUUUCAUAAUAAAUUUUAUUGCUAGUUCU